CUUUUGUUAAAUUUUGUGUUUUUUAACGUUGUCCCGUGACAAAACAAUGAAACCGAGCGUAAUUUGCUAGUGAUGAUGUCCAAUGUCCAUUCCCCAAGUGAUUUUUUAACAUCGUCGCCUUUUCUACUUGUUCUCUCCAUAGUCCGUGUAGGUGCUUCUCAUUCUCUAAUGGGAUCCCCUGCUUUCUCUGAUUUGUAACACAGACGCUUCCUUAUAAAGCUGAAGCUUUUUUGGAGAUUGAAAAAUGGGUCUGAGCAGACCUCACAAGGCUGGCAAUGGCGUCUCCACCAGAUGGGUUCUUGGCCUCUGUAUCGCCAGCUUCAUCUUGGGUGUUCUUGUUGUCAACAGGGUACUAGGAGUUUGCUGAGUAAACUUCUGGGGACAGGCAAAAGUAUGCGCUUGCCACCUUGCAACAAACUCCUUGACAGGUUCUGGGCUAUUCCUGAUCCAGUUACAAUGGACAGAGAGGCUUCAUCAGUUGAGAAACAUGAAUCAAGACCUCUCCAUCCCAUAGACAACUGUGAGAAGAAGGAUGUUUCUUUUCAGACAGGGGACAUCCUAUCUCAAGUUUCACAAACACACGAUGUAAUAAUGACAUUAGAUAAAACAAUCUCCUCGUUAGAGAUGCAACUAGCUGCAUCUAGAGCUUCCAAAGUUAACAAUGAGGAGGGAUCUCCAAUAGUUACAAAAUCAGGAAGUGAGCAAUUUAAGGAGCGUCAGAAGGUUUUCUUUGUUAUGGGAAUCAUUACUGCAUUCAGCAGCAGAAAGCGACGAGAAUCAAUUAGAGAGACAUGGAUGCCCCGAGGGGAAGGGUUAAGGAAGUUGGAAACAGAUAAGGGAAUUAUAAUUCGAUUUGUCAUUGGACACAGUGCAACUCCAGGUGGUGUACUGGAUCGUGCUAUUGAUGCAGAAAAUGAGCAAAACAAGGAUUUCUUACGUCUGAAUCAUAUUGAAGGAUAUCAUGAGUUGUCCUCAAAAACUCAAAUAUACUUUUCAACAGCUGCCGCUAAGUGGGAUGCUGACUUCUAUAUCAAAGUUGAUGAUGAUGUGCACAUAAAUCUUGGUAUGGUUGGUUCAACCUUGGCCCGGCAUAGAUCAAAGCCACGCGUUUAUAUUGGUUGCAUGAAGUCUGGACCUGUCCUGUCACAGAAAGGAAUAAAAUACCAUGAACCAGAAUACUGGAAAUUUGGUGAGGAUGGAAAUAAGUACUUUAGGCAUGCGACAGGGCAAAUAUAUGCGCUCUCCAAGGAUUUGGCUACAUAUAUUUCAGUUAAUCGGCACAUACUUCAUAAAUAUGCAAAUGAAGAUGUCUCUUUGGGUUCUUGGUUUAUCGGCCUUGAUGUUGAGCACAUUGAUGACCGGAGCCUCUGCUGUGCGACGCCCCCUGAUUGCGAGUGGAAGGCUCAAGCAGGAAAUCCUUGUGCUGCAUCCUUUGACUGGAGCUGCAGUGGCAUUUGCAAAUCAGUGGAAAGAAUGGAGGAGGUGCACCAACGCUGUGGGGAGGGCGAUGAGGCUAUCUGGCACACCAGUUUCUGAGACAAGUCUCUGUUCAUUGUAAUAUAUGUGAGAUCAAAUGGUGGUUUAUUUAGACAACUCAAUCUGCCCGAUUUUUGUUUAUUGAUGCCUCGGGACAGUCGGUAUAUGAUUGAUUGAAUUACUCACUGCACAUAGAGAUUUUCAUACUGAGGAAAUAUGAUUCAAAUUUUUUUUGUUCCAA